UUUAAGGGGGGUGGGAAUAAAGCAAAUAUUUUGAACUGCCACUUGGCAAGGACAGUGAUCACUUAUUGCUUUAUCCGAGGAUGAUAAUUUUCGAUGGGCUGUUCUGUUGACACGUGUUGAUGCAUGGCAUGUGAUGGGAUUCUCAUAGUUUAUUCCUAUGCGAGCUUAGUCUAUAUAGGGGUGGUGCUCGUGAGGAUUUGCUUUUGUAUUUUCGUCCUGCAAUUUUCCCCAUAUCUCAGUUUAUCUUUCCUCUAGCCUAAAACCAUGUCAGCUUUUGUUGGAAAGUAUGCAGAGGAGCUGAUCAAGAACGCCAAGUACAUUGCCACACCAGGCAAAGGUAUUCUGGCAGCAGACGAGAGUACAGGCACCAUCGGGAAGCGUCUAGCUGGCAUUAACGUAGAGAACAUUGAGUCCAACCGCCAAGCCCUCCGUGAGCUCCUUUUCACCUCUCCGAAUGCACUGUCCUUUCUCUCUGGUGUCAUCCUUUUCGAGGAAACACUUUAUCAGAAAACGUCUGAUGGAAAACCCUUUGUCGAAGUGCUUCAAGAAAACAAUGUAAUUCCGGGUAUCAAGGUGGAUAAGGGUACUGUUGAGAUAGCCGGAACCAACGGUGAGACCACGACUCAAGGGUUCGACUCCCUGGGGGCACGAUGCCAGCAGUACUACAAAGCUGGUGCACGUUUCGCCAAGUGGCGUGCCGUGCUCAAGAUUGGUCCCAAUGAACCAUCUGAAUUGUCAAUCCAGCAGAAUGCAGAGGGCUUGGCUCGUUAUUCAAUCAUUUGUCAGGAAAAUGGGCUCGUUCCCAUUGUUGAACCUGAGGUGCUAACCGAUGGGCCUCAUGAUAUUAAAAAAUGUGCUGCUGUCACUGAAACUGUGCUUGCAGCCGUUUACAAGGCGCUGAAUGAUCACCAUGUUUUGCUUGAGGGCACCCUUUUGAAGCCUAACAUGGUCACUCCAGGUUCUGACAGCCCCAAGGUUUCACCCCAGGUUAUUGCAGAAUAUACAGUUGCUGCACUUCGUCGAACUGUUCCCCCAGCAGUGCCAGGGAUUGUGUUCUUGUCAGGUGGUCAAAGUGAGGAAGAGGCAACGCUGAAUCUUAAUGCCAUGAACAAGCUAGAUGUUUUGAAGCCAUGGACACUGUCCUUCUCAUUCGGGCGAGCUCUGCAACAAAGCACACUCAAGACAUGGGGAGGGAAGAAGGAGAACGUUGGCAAGGGACAACAGGCAUUUUUGUUGAGAUGCAAAGCUAAUUCUGACGCCACACUUGGGAAGUACACUGGAGGAAGUGCUGGCGGAUUGGCUUCUGAGAGUUUAUUCGUUAAGGGUUACAAGUACUGAUUAAGUCUUUAUGUCUAUUAUGCAGGGUCGAGGUUAUAGAUUAUAAUUACAAAGACUUGUACUAUUCUUCUUCCUAUCAUCUGUUUGCUUAUGGUAGAUAAGCUCAAUGACUGAUUAUGCUACCAAAUUAAUAUAUACUCUUUAACCAA